AUGAAGAUAGUUGCCGAGUACGACAUAAGACUGUCGAAAGAGACAGAGCCUAUAGCAUUUUACAAACUACCAUGUACAGAAAGAAAUCUUCGGAUCCAAACAGUGCGCUGGAAGCGCCAAUUCAAGUACUUGGAGAUGGAUAUGAAGUUACCGAAGCCGGGACGAAGAAUGCGAAGGACAGAAGAGAGGAAGACAAAUAUUAUUACCUACGAAAGCUAUGGAUUCACACCAUCCUCUAUUCAAUGGUAUGGGAAGAUAGACCACCUCAAGAAAACCAUCAUUCUGCGGCAAAUAGAAUGUAUCCACCUAUUCAAUCCGAAGUUUGGGAGUUCCGAAAUAGAGAAAGACCGCCAGGAGGCCGAUGGAUAUCAGUUCAAGAGGGCAGAGACACGCGAAGAAAAGGAGCACAGAAGAAAGAACAUAAACUUCUACAUUAAGAAGAUGAAUCUCGAGGAGUUUGUUACAAUGGAAUACAGCAGGAAGGAGAUGUCCCAGGAGUGCAGCAAUUCCCACGACCUAUCUGCGGUUGAAGACGAUGUGAAGCCUGGAAUGAAAAUAAGGAGCUCUAUAAUUAAUGCUAAAGUUGUCAAUUUUUCUGAGCUUGCUCUACUUUACAAGGACCAGAACGCAAUCAAGGCAGCAUUAUCGAGAUACACCAACUUUAUUAAUGGAAGAUACAUACUUUCCAACAUGUUUUAUGAAAAGAGUCUGCACUGUAUUCGAGAUGGGAUUCUGGAACUUUUCAAGGGUAGGGAAAGAGUCCUGUGUAAAGAUGUGUAUCUACUUGCAGGAGAGGAGAAGUUCUUGGUUGAAGAGCUCUGCAGAAGGGAUGGGAAAUAUUUCCUACUCAGAGGUUUUAGCGAGGACACAAAUAAGUGUGAUGAUGGCAGCAUAGGGCAAGAAAUACGCUUUAUAGUGGAAAAGCACAAGCCUUGUUCGAUCGAGGUUAUCCAAGAGGAGAUGCUGCUGGACCCUGAUGCUAUAAAGAGGAAUCUGCCGGGAGAUGUGGCGGUUCUGGCAAAUGGAAUGCUUGCGGUCUGCAAGGGAGAUGAUAAAAGAAAAAGAAUAAUAGAAAUGCUGGUGGAAAAGAAAAGCUGGAAGAAGAGCGAAGUGUUAAGGAUUGCACAAAACGAGUCUGGGGGGAUUGAAGAUUUCUUCUCUGUGUUCGGUGAGUACUGUGAGCUGAGGGGGAAUGUGUGGAGCAUCAAAGAAUAA